GCUCGGCAACCGCCCUCCUGUCGGCGGGGAGUCCCGCGACGCCCGGAAAUGCUCUGGAGCCUGUCGCUCAGCUGCCAGAUCUGCAUCUGUGUCCGGUUCCGUCACUGAGGUCGCCCCUGUCUGGCCCUUCCACCCUAGUUCUCUUCACCGUCCGCCCAUCCUGUCGCGCGCCGCGUCAGGUCCCCAUUCGGCAUGUGGCUUGUCUUCUAUCAUCCCCACCCUCGCCCCUCUUGGCCCCUCAGGGCAGCCCUGGGAUUCGGCAGACGCCAGUCCUCCCUGAGAUGCUUCCCCAUCCUUCCCUCCGCCAGGCCCUACGUCUCCGCAAACCCCACGCUUCGGGGUGACCGCCUCAGACAGGACCCUGAGCCCGAGACUGGGGUAGGGGACCUGCCCGAUCCUGUAACAACCCUCGUGCUUCUGCACAGUCGCCUCCCACUAGCGGUAUUUCAGGACAGCCAGGAGGGGGCGCACAUCCGCCGAGAAACUGUGGGCAAGAGCGUCUGUGCUGAACCACGGAGCCACCAGAGGGCGCGCGAUCCCGCCCCAACGAACUUCCCGCGGAGGUGCCAGAAGCAGCGAGGAGCUUCAACUUCCUCAGGGCAGCACGAGGGUCGUGUUAACUUGGUGUUCUUCAUUGAGACGGGGUUUCACCGUGUUAGCCAGGAUGGUCUCGAUCUCCUGACCUCGCGAUCCGCCCGCCUCGGCCUCCCAAAGUGCUGGGAUUACAGGCGUGAGCCACCGCGCCCGGCCUCAGCUGGUUUUUCAAAAGUCAUGGCGUGUAAUUGUCAGAACAGUGAACUUCGGAGAUCCACCGGAGGGGCGAGGCCACAGCUCAACCGCGAGCACCUGAGCAUCCUGCACCGCCUGCGACGGCCGUCAGGGGGCGCGAUGCCGCCUCACAGAACCUCAAGAGGCGCCCGAGUUCCGGCACAGAAGCCCGGCGGCUCCAGGGGGCGGAGCCGAGCCGCCUCCUCAGGACCUACGCAGGAGGCGCCGUCAUCCCUACAGGGACACCCGAGAGGACCCAGCCUCCUCCUCCUCAGGACCCACUCGGGAGACGCCGCUGGCUCUAUAGGAACACCUGGGGACCGUGGCCAGGGACCACCCAGCCUCCUUCUCCUCAGCUCCUCAGGAACGACUGGGGAAGCUGUGGCUUCAUGGUCCCCGAGGCUGCCCGAGGAAAGGUAUUUCAGGACAGCCAGGAGGGGGCGCACAUCCGCCGAGAAACUGUGAGCAAGAGCGUCUGUGCUGAACCACGGAGCCACCAGAGGGCGCGCGAUCCCGCCCCAACGAACUUCCCGCGGAGGUGCCAGAAGCAGCGAGGAGCUUCAACUUCCUCAGGGCAGCACGAGGGUCGUGUUAACUUGGUGUUCUUCAUUGGUGAGUAAAAAGCUCCUGUCCACGGCCCUGAGUGCCAAGGAGUGAGUAUUUAGAGUACUCUGCAGAGGAAGAACUUCAUCUAGAAAAAGAAAACCCACAAAUCGCACUGUUUGGAGUACACCCUAGUAUCAUUGUCAACGUCCAAGACACAGUGGCUGCUAAUAUAUAUUCUUACAGUGGCCUCUAAUAUAAUAAUCACACUGUGCCCUACAUUACUAUGAUAUCCACACCGUGCCCUAACACCCAUAUAAUAUCCACACCAUGCCCUAACACUGAUGUAAUCCACACCAUCGCUUCAAAUACUAAUGUAAUAAUAUCCACACCAUGCCCUAUCACUGAUC